AUGGUAUUCAAGAAAGAAGUUUUCAAGAUGCUUGGUUUACAAAAUUUCCAUGAUAAAGAAGGUCGAUAUGCAAAAGAUGCUUUUACAAAGACAGGCUUUAACAAUUGGAAAAAUGCACUAGAAAAAUUCAAUCAACAUGUUGGGGCUGCAAAUAGUUGUCACAAUAAUGCUCGGAUUCAGUUUGAAGCUUUUCAAGGUCAAAGACACAGUGUGGCAAAUAUGAUUUCUCCACGAAUUCAAAAAGAAUUAGCAAAUGCUUGUGCUUCAGAAGUCACACUUGCCAUAGUCAAAGAUAUUGGGGAUAGAGUUUUCACUAUCUUGGUUGAUGAGGCUCGAGAUGUUUCAUUGAAGGAACAAAUGGGUGUUGUUUUAAGAUACGUGAAUAGUGAAGGAUAUGUGAUUGAGCGAUUUCUUGGGAUCGUACAUGUAACUGACACUUGUUCUCGUUCUUUGGAUCAAGAAACUACUUUGGUAAGACCAGAAGACACUCUUUGGGGCUCACAUUACUCUACAUUGCUUCGUUUAUGCUCUAUGUGGCCUGUGGUUGAGAAAGUGUUGGAAAUUGUUAGAGAUGAUGCCACUAUCCUUGAUAAUAGAAGUACUACUGAAGGCUUGAUCGAAAGGAUGGAUAAUUAUGAGUUUGUUUUUACUUUGCACUUGAUGAGACACUUACUAGGAACUACAAAUGAAUUGUCUCAUGCCCUACAACGGAAAGAUCAAAACAUUGUACAAGCUAUAUCAUUGAUCCAAAGUGUGAAACAUCAAUUGCAAAGUUUAGGGAUGAUGGAUGGGAAGCCUUGUUAG